CGGGGCAUCCCGGUUACAUGAUGGAAGUUGUUAAGUGUCCGGAGCACGGGACCGUGUGCUUCUUAAAGACCGGUGUCCGCGAUGGCCCGAAUAAGGGAAAGAGCUUCUACGUGUGCCGGGCGAACUCAUGCGGCUUCGUGCUGGCCACAGACAUUCCUUUUUCUCAUUGUUUAUUGCAUGAGGACUUUGUGGUGGAGCUUCAGGGUUUGUCUCUACUGCAGGGCAAGGAAGAAUGGAGGUUGUUCUUCCGAUGUGCUAAAAGUAAGGCAGAGGGAAAGCACUGGUGUGGAAAUGUCCCAUGGCAGGAUCCUAAUCCUAAAGACCGUCCUGUGAGCAGUAAGCCUCCAAAGACAGCUGGGAUAGUUCCUCACUCUCCCAGCCAACCAAGAAACCCAUUCAGGGUGCUUAACAAGAAUCAAAAGCCAGCUCUCUGGAAACAGUUUGUGGAAGGAGAAGGUGAGGGAAAGACAGCCAGUAAGAAGCUGGGAGAACACAGAGAGCGGCUCUUGGAUCAGAGGAGAGAACAGAAACCCAAAUCUAACUGCAGGGUGGAGAAGGACCCCUCAUCUGACCUGGUGACAAAGAGACAAUCUGCAGGUGAAGAGAAAGAACAGGAAGAGAAAACAAAUUUCCAGCCCCAAACCAAGGCGACUGAAGGAAUGGCUUCCAAGCAAGGCCAUGGAGAUGUGCUUCAAGGAACACCUGUGGCUCCUCGGAUGUCAGAGAGUAAAAGUCAAGAUGUCCCAAAUAGGGCAGAACAUCUAAGAGAAGGGGAAACCCAGCUUUUGCCUCAGAGUGUCCCUGGUCAGAACCCAGAAAGCAAGGUCCAGAUGCUCAGUGGGGAGCAUCUCAAGAAUGGGGAAGCCCAAAACAAAACAGGAACAGACGCCCCCAAUGCACAGGCCUCCCAGAAAGGGCUAGCUCAGGGGCCUCUCCAGGCACCUUCCAAGACAUGUGGGCCUCCUCCCAAAGGACUAGCAGCACCUGGGCUCUGUGUGGGAGAGGCACGCCAUGCCCGCAGCACGUCGUCCAGCAGCGAUGACAGUGAGGAAGAUGAUGGUGCUUCCAGUAGCCCAGGGUCCCCACUUCUCUUUGACUUGACUGUGGCCUCACAGAAGAGUGGGAACCUUCAACCUUCUGACCAAAGUGUGCAAAAACAGAUACCUGCUUCUUCAGACCUUUCCAAGAAGGGAGACUCGUCUGACCCUGCAGCCCAGCGGGCAAACCUUACAGCGCAGCUGAAACAAAAGAAGGGCACAUUGGCUGCAGUGAACAUCCUGGCUCUCCCUGACAAGGGUGAGAAGUUGCUUAAGCAAAUCCAGGCACUGGAGGAUGCUCUCAGUGCUCUGGCUCUCUCCCCAGAGCAAGGACCUCGGGAGAACUGUGGCUCUCGGGAACCAGAGCAGAGGAACAUGGCCAGAACUACUGCUGACCGUCUGCACCCCGUGCCUCCCAAGCCCCUUCCCAGGCACAGUGUCCAGCAUGUAGGUUCUCUAGGACUAAAGGCGGGCUGCCAGGGAGCUCCUGAAGGGUCCAGCCAGUGCUCAGGAGGCCACACAAACCAACAUCGCCUUUAUAAUGUGUGGAGAAUCACAAGUGAAGCAAUUGAUGAGCUGCAUCGGUCGCUGGAGUCUUGUCCCGGUGAAACAGCAGUGGCAGAAGACCCAGCUGGCCUGAAGGUCCCUUUGCUACUGCACCAAAAACAAGCAUUAGCCUGGUUACUGUGGCGGGAAAGUCAGAAGCCACAAGGAGGGAUUCUGGCGGAUGACAUGGGCUUAGGAAAAACUCUGACAAUGAUCGCACUCAUCCUAACCAAGAAGAAUCAGCAGAAAAGCAAGGAGAAGGACAGAAGCAUGCCUGUGACCUGGCUCUCCAAGGAUGACUCCUCUGUCUUCACUUCCAAUGGAACACUAAUUGUCUGCCCCGCCUCCCUGAUCCAUCACUGGAAGAAUGAGGUAGAGAAACGUGUGAGCAGCAACAGACUCAGAAUCUGCCUCUACCACGGGCCAAACCGGAAUCGGCACCCCAAAGUACUUUCUACGUAUGACAUCGUGAUUACUACUUAUAGCCUUCUGGCCAAGGAGAUUCCCACAACAAAGCAAGAGGGAGAGAUCCCAGGAGCAAACCUCAGUGUGGAGGGCAUCUCGGCACCUUUGCUUCAAGUAGUCUGGGCUCGAAUCAUAUUGGAUGAAGCUCAUAAUGUGAAGAACCCUCGAGUGCAGGCAUCCAUUGCUGUGUGUAAGCUACAGGCGCAGUCCCGGUGGGCUGUCACUGGAACCCCCAUUCAGAACAACCUGCUGGAUAUGUAUUCACUGAUGAAGUUUCUUCGCUGUUCCCCAUUUGAUGAGUUCAGUCUUUGGAAGAGUCAGGUUGACAAUGGUUCAAUGAAAGGAGGAGAACGGUUAAGCAUUUUAACCAAGAGCCUUUUGCUGAGGAGAACAAAAGACCAACUGGAUUCCACUGGUAAACCUUUGGUGCCACUGCCCCUGCGAAGAUGUCAGCUGCACCAUUUAAAGCUUUCUGAGGACGAGCGGGCUGUUUAUGAUGUCUUUCUUGCAAGGUCAAGGUCAGCGCUCCAGUCCUAUCUAAGGAGGCAAGAAGGCAGAGGCAGUCACCCUGGAAGAAGUCCUGAUAACCCAUUCAGUAGAGUGGCUCAGGAGUUCGGGUCCAGUGUGCCCCGGCGCCCCGCUGCAGCAGACUCACAGAGACCCAGCACUGUCCACGUCCUGUCCCAGCUCCUGCGGCUUCGCCAGUGCUGCUGCCACCUUUCUCUACUGAAGUCGGCCCUGGACCCAACAGAGCUGGAGAGUGAAGGCCUCGUCCUGUCCCUGGAAGAACAGCUCAGCGCUCUGACCUUGUCCAGAGUCGACGUCUCAGAGCCCUCACCCACGGUUAGCCUUAAUGGCACGAGCUUCAAGGUGGAGCUUUUUGACAACACACGAACGAGCACCAAGGUGUCCUCUCUGCUGGCAGAACUGGAGGCAAUCCAAAAAGGCCCAGGGUCCCAAAAGAGUGUCAUUGUCUCCCAGUGGACCAGCAUGCUACAAGUGGUAGCACUGCACCUCAAGAAGCGCCAGCUGACGUAUGCCACCAUCGAUGGCUCUGUCAAACCCAAAGAGAGAAUGGACUUGGUGGAGGCGUUUAACCACUUCCGGGGGCCUCAGGUGAUGCUAAUUUCCCUCUUGGCUGGCGGUGUUGGACUCAAUCUGACUGGAGGAAACCACCUUUUCCUUCUGGACAUGCACUGGAAUCCCUCACUUGAAGACCAAGCUUGUGACCGGAUUUACCGAGUAGGACAGGAGAAGGAUGUUGUCAUACACAGGUUUGUCUGUGAGGGGACAGUGGAAGAGAAGAUCUUACAGCUCCAAGAAAGAAAAAAAGAUUUAGCCAAACAGGUUCUUUCGGGAUCCGGAGGCUCUGUCACCAAGCUUACACUGGCUGACCUGAAGAUCCUCUUUGGCAUCUAGCUUCCUCUGCUGGUGCGGGUGUGUACUAGGCUCUGGAGUGAUGCUCUCUCCCUGCUCCUGGAGCCUUAGAUUUGGUCUUAUUCGAAGUGAGGUAUGCUUCUAUGCCAAGGACUGAAAAGGAUGGUCACUAUGUUAGCCAUCUGUUUAGUCAAUCACGUUUGUCAUUCAGCUUGUUGUUAUUUCAGAUUUAAGCCUGGCAGGAGGUACAUGCCUAUAAUCCCAGCACUUAAGAGGCAAGAAGAUGGAGGGUUCCAGGCCAGCCUGAGUUACAGACUCUGUCAAAACAAACCACAAAAGUGCUUUGAAAGCCAGUCAUGGAGUCCAUAAUUAUAAUUCCCAGCACUCGAGAGGCUGAGGAAGGAUUGUGAGUUAGAGGCCAGCUUAUAUUACAGGGAAAAUUCCAGGCCAGCCUGGGCUACAGAGUGAGAUCAUGUCUUAGAAAAACAAAAACAAACCAACAAAAGCUUUGGUGUUUGAUGGUCUGGGAAGAUAAGUCUGGAAGAACUGUACAAAUGCUUUGGUAAGGCUCAGCAAGUCAAUCCACACACAGUGACAAAUGCCUAUAAUCCCAGCACUUUGGAGGCAAAGGCAAGAGGAUCUUGACUGAGGUUUGCCUGACUUAACAUAGUGAGUUCUUUGGCAACCUGAAUUACAUGGUGAGACCCUAUCUGUCAAACAGCCUCAAAGCCCCAUGUUGCCACAUUGUUGGCUGAUGGUCCAGGCAGGCUCAGGGUCAAGAUAUUUCACAUAUAAACAGAUAUUGAGUACUUAUCAUUGUAUCAUCUAAUAUCUGUCAUUUAGCCUGUGUAUCACUGUUUUCAUUUAGGAAUAUACCAACAUGAGUGUGACUGUGGCACUCAGUGUCAUCACUGUGUCAUUUAGUAUUUGGUAUCACAGUAUUUCUAUUAUAUAGUAUUUGUAUUAUUUAAUGUGUAUCAAUUUUAGUUGUCAUUUGCAUUUAAUACUGUUGUAUCAUUUAAUUUAUACCAUUGCACCACAUUGUGUUAUCAUUGGUAGGCUAAUAAAUGUGUUCAACAG